AUGAUCGCUCAACGGAGAGUGAUUGAGUGGAUUGAAAACCUGCCAAGCACAUUUGUCUUGCUCCAGAAUCAGCCCCAACCUAGCAUCACACAAAGGACAGAACGUCAAAUUCGAUCUAACAAGCGCAAGACACCACAAGAGCCUAGUCCACCAGCCACGGUAUCAGACAUGGACGACCCGGAAACCCCUACUAGAAAGAAGCAACGGAUAGACCUUGUCCCGGACUUGGACCUCACGCCUCGAGGCCGGCCUGAACCUUCGAGUGACCCGACCAAGGCCCCGUCCCUUUCAGGUUCCAACACUUCUGGCGCCUCUCGCUCAACAUCGCCGUUGAAGAGACAGUUCCUCGAGCUCGGCCUCGACGACACAGGGAUGGAGACAAGAGCGCUGAGUGUGGACGCACUUGAAGCCCUGCCAAACCCAGACGCUGCUGCCUUGUUGAGAACCAUGCGCCGCAUCGGUACUUGUAGAGGCAUUCUCCCUGAUGACCGGCGCAAGGACAUCCUGCAAAGUCAUCAAAUCAAAGGCAGCGACCUCGAAGACUGGGACUCGGCCUUCAAGAAAUCCAGCGCGUUCGCCGAUCUGCCAGGCCGCAUCCCGUCGCCCAGUGAGGUCGACCUCGUCCGUGAGUGGACGACAGACUGCAUCGAGCUCAAGCAUGAAGUGGCUGGCUGGAAUGACGAGGUUCAUUUUCGUCUGCUAGAGGCUGUGUUUAGGGAACCUGGGAAGAAGAAAGGGGGGCUCUUUAAUAUUGCUACUACGCACACAGCUCGGCCACACAAGACAUGGUUGCCAAAGUCGAUUGGCAUCAAGAUGGUUGAUUUCUGCGUCUACGCCGACACAGCUGAAAAGGAUGCUUUGUCGCUUGAGACUCACAAGGCCUUCUGCCGAGCCACUCUUACCAAAUCUGUCAACCACACAGAUUUCCAGAGACUGCAGGUCCGUCCAAUAGUUCUGAGCAUCGAGACCAAGGCAGGAAACAAGGAUCUUGAUGCAGCCGAGCUGCAAAUUGGUGUUUGGCACGCUGCUCAGUGGGCGUUUCUCCGCUCGUCGCUCCUCUUGAUAAACCGUGCCUCGCCGGGAAGGCCCCCCACUGUGCAGGAGACGGAACAGGCCGAUGAGGCUUUGGCCCGCCUGAGCUUCAUCCCUGCGGUUAUUGUGCAAGGGCAUAGAUGGCUUUUUGUCCUAUCCACGCGGCAAGGCUACAAGACGAUUCUUUGGAAGGAGUGGCAAUUUGGCACUUACGGCGUGGGCUGA